AUUUGGGGGUUGGCCUGUGCAGUGAGGUAAGGUUAUAAAUUAGGUGGCUGCAGUGGAUUUGGGCAAACUAACGGAGCAUAUUCCCCAGAGCACAGCUCAGCAAGUUUGGACAUUGGAACUAUGAGUGGGUGCCCCUUUGCAGGGAGCAAAAACCUAUUUAAUUUUAGCAAGCUAUCUUUGGAAGAGGAAAAAGAUGACAAAUCACAAGAAGGGAUGAAUAAAGCCAGCAAAGGUGGACUUAUCUAUGGAGACUACCUACAACUGAACAAAAUACUGAAUGCUCAAGAGCUUCAGAGUGAAAAGAAAGGAAACAAAAUCCAUGAUGAACAUCUUUUCAUUGUGACACAUCAAGCUUAUGAACUUUGGUUUAAGCAGAUUCUGUGGGAAUUGGAUUCCGUUCGGGUGAUCUUUCAAAAUGGCCAUGUAAGAGAUGAGAGAAACAUGCUGAAAGUUAUCACUCGAAUGAACAGAAUUUCAAUGAUUCUGAAAUUACUUGUGGAACAGUUCUCUGUUUUGGAAACUAUGACUGCAUUGGACUUCUUUGAUUUCAGAGACUACCUAAGCCCAGCCUCAGGUUUUCAGAGCCUGCAGUUUCGCUUGCUAGAGAACAAGAUUGGUGUUCCCCAAAGCCUGAGAGUCCCCUAUAACAGAAGGCAUUAUCGUGAUAACUUCAAGGGACAGGAUUAUGAAUUACUGCUUAAAUCAGAGCAAGAACCAACACUUCUGCAACUUGUUGAGGCAUGGCUGGAAAGAACUCCAGGACUUGAGGCAGAAGGAUUUGAUUUCUGGGGACAAUUUGAAGUGAACGUUUUAAAAGGUUUAGAAGAGGAAUUUGCCAUAGUGCAGGCCAAACCAGAAUCAGAAGAAAAAGAAGACUUCUUAUCUGAAUUCCAAAAACAGAAAGAUGUAUUACUUUCAUUAUUUGAUGAAAAACGGCAUGAACACCUGCUUAGUAAAGGAGAAAGAAGACUGUCUUAUAAAGCACUGAAGGGUGCCCUGAUGAUCUACUUCUACAGAGAGGAGCCUCGUUUUCAGGUUCCCUUUCAGCUUCUUACCUCUCUUAUGGAUAUUGAUGUGCUCAUGACCAAAUGGAGAUAUAACCAUGUCUGCAUGGUGCACAGAAUGAUUGGCAGCAAGGCUGGCACAGGAGGCUCAUCAGGCUACCACUAUUUGCGCUCAACAGUGAGUGACAGAUACAAGGUGUUCGUGGAUUUGUUCAAUCUUUCAACAUUUCUAGUGCCAAGACACUGGAUACCCAAAAUGAAUCCAACUAUUCAUAAAUUCCUUUAUACAGCAGAAUACUGUGACAGCUCCUAUUUUAGCAGUGAUGACUCUGACUGAACCUUUCUAGACUGUGGUUGCUGUGAAGAACUUGAGAACUUCUAUCUUGACUGGUGCUAUCCCUCAAGUAUAGCAAGUGUUCUCAUGCAGCAUGGGUGUGUAAAUAUUUAUUUAUGUAUGACAAUUAUGUGAAUAGUAUGAUCUACUUAUGGAAGAAACUUAACCGUUUGUAGAAAAAAUAAUCUGUAUUGAAUUACGCUAUGUUAAAGCUAAAAUGAUAACCCAAUUCAAAUCAGUGGCCAGUUUAACUUAGCAGAAGUGUUGAAAAUUGUUGAAAAUACAGCCCACACUUAUGGAAAGGGAGCAAAUUAUAAUGAAUUAUCAUGAUCAUGUCUUAUUUGUACAUAUUUUUAUGUGUUAGUUUGCCUAAUGGCUUUUAGUAAUUUAAUUCUGCAAGUCAAAGAUAUAAUUAUUCUCAUCAGCUUCAAAAGAAAAUUAAUUUCUGAGCAGUAGUGGAAUUUCAAAAGGAAUUUUGGGUUAAGAUUUUCAAAAGCUAUAUUUUGAAAAAAAUAUUAAGUCUUCAAUCUGUGGAAACCCAAACCUCCUGAAUUGUGUUACAUAUGAAUGUAAAUUCCUUCAGUAAAAAUACUUGCUUUUAAGAAUAGUAGAUAUAAGUACUUACUUUGCACUUUAAAUAAAGCUGUAUUAAAGCUU